AGCUACGUCACAGUGUUUACCCGGAAAUGUCAGGCUGCUCCGGCGAUGCUGUCCAACUCUCGCCAAUAUAGAGAUUUGUGGACAAUUUUUUUAAUAUUAAAAUGAUAAAAUAAUACACAGUAUGAAUUCAAACUACUGAAUCGAUAUGUACAGUGGACUUUUACCGAAGGGUGUAACGGAAGACGACCUCAGUCCAGAGGAGGAGGAGGAUGAACGGGAACAGAAGGAGGCUGAAGCUGUAACCAUCGCGGCGGACAGAAGUGGCCCAGAAGCGGCAGCACCGUCCAUCCACACAGCCGGUGAUCCAGACAGCGAUUCCCCGUCCUGCAGCCUGCCUGGAAUAUCCCAGGAAAUGUGGCAAAAAUUCCAGGAUCUGCGGCAGAAGAAGGAUGAGAUUAAAGAUAUGAGGAUCCCCAGAAAAAGGAAAAGAAGACGGAACAAGAAAGGUGCAGGGAGUGAAGAACCCGUACAGGAAAGGGAGCAUCAAGAGGAGCGAGAGAAGCACUGGGAUGGGCUUAAGCAGUAUUUUGGUGUAAAUGAUCGAUUUCAACCCCCUGCAUGUUCCAAACCUCCUCCAAAGUCCGGCCUAGAAAAGAGCAUAGAGAGGGCCAUAGCUGAAGGGGACAUUGCAAAGGCGGAGGAGAUGAGCGACAGACUCGCCACUCGAGAGAUGGCUGUGAAAAUCGCUCAAGCCGCCGAUUGCCGUGACUUUGCGCAACGCAAACAGGAAGAGGAAGCUUUGAGGGCAGCGCAGAAGAGGAAGAAGCAGAUAGCCUGGGGGUUUGAGGCGAAGAAACGAUGGGAAACCAAAAGCAACAUGGGCUUCAUGUGAGGCGCGAGGAGCGAACGCCGGCAAGACCGACGUUUUACAAUUAUUUCUCAGUUGAUUUCAUUAAAGAAAUGUUUGUUUCCUUAAUAACAAAAUGAUGGUGUUUGUCUUCUUCUUGUAUAUUUUGAAGACUUUCCGUCAGCAGCAUGUGAAGGAGUGAAAGUCAUGCAGUUUGUAGAGAGAGAGAGAGAGAGAGGGAGAGAAAAAAGACCAAAGCAGGGACGAGAAGAGACACGGGGUAUUCAAAUUAAUUCCUAAGGCGCCCAUUGGUGUCUGCAUUGUGUUAUUUUUCAUUACAUUUCAGUGAUUCGAGCGUUCGGGCCCU